AUGGAAGGAAUUCUAGAGUGCCCUGUCUGUGCCGAGCAGUAUGACAGAUCUGGUCAUCUCCCCUUAGUGCUAAUCUGCGGCCAUACUCUUUGCAAGCGCUGUGCAACAAAUUUGCACAAAACUACAGGGAAGAUUACCUGCCCCCUUGAUCGUAAGCCUGACAAUCGUCAAAUCCAGCAGAUUUCUCACUCAUUCCAUAUCCUGGAUUUAAUAGAGCAUAUCUCUGAUAUGUCCCAAACUUUAAAAUACCUCAAGCUGCCUCCAUCUGAAAGACUCAUUGCAAUGCAAAAACAAGCAGAAGAAAACCUCGAAAAAUGUAAAGAUCACAUCGGUCUGGUCACUACCAGAAUCGCAGAAAUUCGAGAAAAAAAGGAGAAAACUUUAUUAUUAAAUGAAUGAAUAUAUUUUUUUGCAAAAAAAACACAAAAUCAAUGGCUAUUCAGCCAAAAUCAGUAUAGCGGAGAUUAAUGAAUCUUUUAGUGUUUGAAAGCAAGCUUUAGAAGACCGUCAGCAGACGUUAGAAACUGAAGUAAUGAAUAUAGCUGCUGAAGAAAUAGAGAAAUUUGAAGGGGUUAAAAAUGAGACUCAAGAGCUGUUUGAUGGCGCAAAUAUCACAAUUGAGCACUUGCUCAAUGCAACAGAAGAAGAUAUAGCCAGCGAAGACGUGAAGCCAAUAUCCCAACUCCCUGAUCUUCCGACUGUAGAUAUGAAGCUAAAAUUUGUAAUUGAUUUAGAAAACGCUGAACAUUUCAUCAAACAUAUUGGAAAAAUAGGGAAAUGGAGUGUUACGGCACCGAUAGAGUGCGAUAAUUAUACCAAUGUUACUUACUGGAUGGUCCCAAGCUGCUGUUCACAAUAUUAUUGUUGCAAUAAAUGUCAUGACAAGAGAGAAUCUCAUCCUUGGGCUUAUGCAAAUAGAAUGGUCUGCAUGUUUUGUGAAAAAGAGCAGGAUUAUCGAAAAUUGCCAAACCAUUGUGAGUUUUGCAAUGAGUAUCAUAAAGGAGUUGUUAGCAAGUAA